UUGGUAUAUGUGGAUUCAUCUCGAAGUGGUGUAUAAUUGUGUAUAACGUAUAACUGCAUAUAUUUGUACUUACUUACUUCAGGUUGCUCGAUAUGUAAAUACAAACAAAGUUGAAUAAGUUUUAUAAUAUUGUUUAUCGUGAAUAAAAAACUCACUACACAAUGAGUUCGUCAGGAGAAUGCAGCGAUGAUGAAAUGUCAACAACAUUUAAUGAUAGUAAUGCAACUCAAGAGAUGAUAGGCAACGACAGUUUUAGUUCGCUUUCUCAAACAAAAUCCAUUACUUUAGAGGAAACAUUGCCUCCUGGUGUUGCACCCAAAGGCUAUGUUCUCAUUGACGAGGAUGUUACAAUUAUUGAAUCAUCUGACAAAUCGAGAUUAUCAGAAGAAAGCAAGCCUAUUUUGAGGGUUAUGUUUGAAAACACAUCAAUUGCAAGGAAAUAUAGAAAACACGUUAGAAGAUUACUGAUAAAUUUAUUGUCUUCAAAUGUAAAAGAAGAAAGCAACGAAACUGAUUUGGAGUUAGAAAUUCGAGAGUCUGAUUUGAAGGAUAGAAGUUGGUCCUCUGGUGAUUCACAUGGAGAAAUAGAUAAAGAAUCUCUUUUUACGGUAGACACAAUACCGAAAUUAAAAGACGACUUCGAUAUUCCAACUUAUGGUCAGAAAUUCAGCAAACCUUUGGAAAAGCCAACAAUGGAGUUGAGUACACCUAAAGAAGAUUGUUGUCCAAAACUUACUUGUUUCAAUUGCCUGGGAAAUCAUAAUUUGCGAGACUGUAAGGAACCAAGAAAUCAGAACAACAUUAAUAAAAAUAAGAAAGAUUUUGUUUCAAAACAGUCGAACAAAAAUUUAAGGUAUCAUCAAGAUCUCGAUCAGAAAUUUGGACACAUUGUUCCUGGGAAUAUAAGUGGAAACUUGAGAAAAGCUCUUGGCAUGAAGGACAAUGAAUUGCCGCGACACAUUUACGGUAUGAGAGCUCUUGGUUACCCCCCUGGAUGGUUGGAAGAAGCAAGACUUCAGCAUUCGGGAAUAACGUUAUUUAAUUCCGAUGGUGUGGCAGAAGAAGACCCUGACGCUGAAAUAGGCGAAAUAUUUUUUCAAGGGGAUCGAGACAAAUUCGAUACAGAAAAAAUCAUUGAAUUCCCUGGUUUUAAUAUUCCAACGCCUAAAGGAAUUCGAGACGAAGAUACAUACUAUUGGGGAUCAGAGAAACAAAUUGGUAGUAGCAAAAAAUCCAUGUUAAAAAUGCUAAGUAGUAAAAAAGUCGAUGUCGGUUAUAAAAGAAAGAAACUUAAAAGAGUAUUUAACACUUCAUCUUCAGAUGCAAUUGAAAUGGAAGUUGAAAGCUGUGAAGAAGUAACAGUUGUGGAAAACAUUUCAGCAAGAGAUUUGUUCGUGCCAGCACUGCCAAAAGAGCAACCUCCGACAAAUCCCCCUGAGCCUCCUCCACCGGGUGUAGAUAAUAGUGAUAAUAAAUCUCAAGAAUCUUCUUCAGAAUUAACGAAUGAUAGUACGGCACCACCUUCGCCAGCAAAUUCCUUAGCAGUAUCGGAUACGGAAUUUUCAUCGCCUGCUACAAGCACUCUCAUCAGCACGCCUUUGAGAACUAUUAGGGUCGAUCUAGGGACUCCAGUUUUGCAAAGUUUGUCGCCAUACAAUCGCCUUCCUUCAUCAGAGAAAUUUUCCAAGAACAUCUGUGAUGUUAUAAAUUUUGAAAAUCUGCCAGAUGCCACCGGCAAGUACGAGCAAAUGACAGGACUUAUACAAAAAGUCAGAACUAAAAUGGCUACAAUACACAAAGAUUAAUAGCAUUAAAUUUCCCACUAGAUUUGUAAAUAAAUUUCUAAAAAUUAUAGUAAACAGAUUUUAGUAAUUUUUCUAAUUUUUUAAUGUAAUAAUUUUUCUGUUUUUCGUUUUUCUGCAACUUUAUAAUAAAUUGAAAUUAUUUUGCAUUUAUAUAAAUUAAAAGUUUUUGGUUUUCGAGUCUCAACAGGGACUGAAAUCUUUAGUAUUAAAUCUUUAUUUACUAAUAAAAUUUUUUAAAUUGAAUCAA